UUUGCGCGUGCGCCUUGGUCGGGCUGGGUGUGGGUUGUGGGGUCUCUUCGGAGAAUAAAAAGAACUGGGAAAAGGGGGUGCCCCAUGGCGGCGACGGCGGGGCGCUGGGAAGUGGUGCGGAAGCCCAGCCGGCGGGGCCCGGGAGGCAGCGGCAAUGGUCCCGCGGGGCGGAAAGCGCUCGGCGAGGCCAAUGGGGGUCGUGGUCUGGCCUCCUCCCUGCCUCUGGCGCCGUCAGAAACCCUCUUUGAGCUUGCAUUUGAGAAGACCAUGAAGAAGCAGAACAAAGAGCAGGUGCCACCACCCCAGGGGCAGCAGCCUCAGCAGAAAAAGCAAAACCUGGGGAAACCCGCCAAGAAACUAUCAGCUGGAGAUUUAGGGCACAAACAAGGCCAGUUUCGGUCACUGGAGGAUGCUCUGAAAGCACUUGACUUGUCAGAACUCCAGAAAGAGCUGGACAAAAGCUUGAGCAUGUUCCCAGAGAAUCCUUCUGUGUGGGUCAAAGACCUGGCCGGAUAUCUGAACUACAAGCUGCAGGCUCCUAGGAGUGACCCCACACUUAGCCAGCACCCUCAUGACUAUCCCUAUUGCCUUGUGAACAAGGAGCUGAGGAGCAUAAUCAAGUCUCUGCUGUCGAAAUCCGGGGGCGUUCUGGAGCUUUUCUUUGACCACUGUAUUUACACAAUGUUGCAAGAGCUGGACAAGACGCUUGGGGAGUCACUGCACGGAUACAGGAUCUGCAUACAAGCAGUGCUGUUAGACAGACCUAAAGUGGCCACAGUGAAUUUAGGCAAGUAUCUCGAGCUCUUGAGAUCUUGUCAAAACCGACCGGCCAAAUGUCUCACCAUCAUGUGGGCCUUGGGGCAAGCUGGAUUUACUGAUCUUACAGAAGGACUUAAAGUGUGGCUCAGCAUUAUGCUUCCUGUUCUGGGCAUCAAAUCCCUCUCCCCAUAUGCCAUCACCUACUUGGAUCGGCUGUUGAUGAUGCACCCCAACUUGACAAAAGGCUUUGGCAUGAUUGGACCCAAAGACUUCUUCCCCAUUUUGGACUUUGCCUUCGUGCCCAACAACUCUUUACCACCCAGCCUCCAAGAGCAGCUACGGCAAUUGUAUCCCCGCCUGAAAGUGCUGGCCUUUGGGGCCAAGCCAGAGACCACGCUACAUACGUACUUCCCUUCCUUCCUCUCCAGGACCACUCUCAACUGCCCUGAUGACAUGAAAAAAGAGCUGCUGAACUGCCUGAGCGACUGCCUCAACCUGGAUCCUCUUAGCUCCAGCGUCUGGAGACAGUUGUACAUAAGACACCUUUCACAGUCCAGCCUGCUCCUCAAUCACCUUUGCGCAUCCUGGAAUGACAUUUCCAGAAAGAUGCGGAAAUCUUUGCAGGAAACAGUCCAUUCCUUUCAAGUGACGAACGAAGAGCUGACCCUGAAAGGACCAAACAGUGCUCAGGAGGUUGCUGCUUGCAGGUCCACCUGUAAGGCCUUGCUGCUCAAAAUGAAAAGCAGCAGGUUCCCCUGGUUUCGGCUGCUGCUGGUUAUCCUGGUGUUUACCACGGGGUUUUUGAUGCAUGACAUCAGAACUCACGGCUCCUUCCAAGCUUCUGCCUCUGCUCACGUCCUCCGCAAUUCUGGCAUCCUGUCUGCUUCUCAGCAAGCCUGGAACAAAGUUUCCCAUUACUCUUUCAAAGGAUACAGGUGGUUGGAAGCAAAUGUGCCCCUGUACUACUCACACAUGGUGACUGUUUUGGGGCCUAACCUGGAGUUAGUCUGGGCCAAGACUAAUGAGACCACCAUGUACAUCUCGAGGAAGUGCUCUACUCAGCUAGCCUGGCUCGGAGACAACCUUCCCAGGCUCAUCGAAUGGCUCCAGACCCACCUUCCCGAUUCUGUGUUGCACCUGGCUGAGCACCUCAAGGAACUGCUGCUCUUCCUCAUGAGGAACUAUCUUCUGCCAGCUGUGGACUACGUUGCUGGGAUGCUAGAGCAAGGCUGGCAACUCUGGGUGGCUUCUUGCAAUGGUGAAGGGACGUGGGACUGCUUGAGAAGACAAUUGGCAAACCUCACCCAUUCCUCGUGGAUAUACCUCCAGGACACAACUGUUGCCAUCAAGGACUGGGCCUUGGCCAUUAUCUCCGGCCACUGAGAUCCAGGAGUUGGGCGGGAGGUUUGGGUUGCUGCUGGUAUGAGUGCCAGCAGUGUGUGCCAACUACUUGUUCUUCAUGCUGAUCCUCAGGGUCAGGGAUGAUCUCCUGCUGUGAAGCCUUGCUUUGCCUGGGCCAGAGUCCGUCUGGGUUCUGAACCCACCGUACCGGCAGGCCAGUUCUCCCUGUUCUUCGCUCAGGCCUUAGUUGCCCCCUUCUUAUUGGUCGGUCCUGUUGCUUAGCUGUUGCUAUGGGAUCAUGGGGUCAGCCACAGCUUUUAAAGCAGCAAUGCAGAAAUCCCCGACCAGUUGUCCCUCUGGCUGCUUGACGCUGGGGUGCAAGUGGAAAAGCAUUGCCUCUCUCCUUCCUGAGUAAACUGUUUGGCUUUGUUUUCCCAGAGAAAUGGAGUGGUCCUCUUCCCUGUCAUUUUAUGCAUGGAGCUCCCAUUCCUGUCCUCAGUUCUUGGAACUGUGCUUCCACCUACCCCCACCAUUCCUCUUUUCCUGAAGUCAUUCCCCAGGACUUGUGCUUGCUCGUGACACUUUCUUGCUCAUCCCCCUUCCAUUCCCUCCUCAUCUGGGAGAUGGACUUCAUGCACAGCAUCCCAGACCUCAGCCAGCACCCUUCAACUGGUCAGUGACUGUCUUGGUGCAGCCAGCAACUCUCCCCUGCCUUCCCCCCCCCCCCAGUCAAAGCAAGGAUUGUAAGCCUCUUCUGCCACUCCCCUCAAGUGCUGCCUUUGCCUUUUUCUGUAUCCAGGAAGAAGCUGCUGGCUUGUCGCCCUUUAGACAUGUGAAUAGAAAUCGGAGCCACGUGAGAUCAGUAGAGAAGUUUUGCUCCUCUUUUUGGCUCUGGAGAUAAGCUUGCAAGCCCUGGAGCGCCACUCUUGCCGCCCUCCCCCGGCUUGCAGGGAAAUGAACAAUUCUCACAAAGAUGUGGGAGUGGGUCCUGGUUUUAAUAGCAUUUCCUCACCCCCCGUUUAAAUUCUCUUCUCGCCCCUCACUAAAUUAAAAGUUGUCCUGGAGUGAAGGAGGAAUGCUGUCCUGCACUAUCCCAUGAGCGUUACACAGUGUGAGUGCAGCCUUUUGGCUGCUGGGACUAGAUUGUGGCUGCCUCUGUGCUGUGGCAUGGAUCUUGCUGGGUAUUCCUGUCUCCUCCUUGAAAUUAAUGGGCAGGGACUGAGCCAUGACGGAUUUGCUGGAGGAAAUAAUGAAUUGGAGGAAGCGUCUCUUAAGUUGGGUUGCACACUCAUCCAUAGUGUCUGUCAUGAUUGUCUGCUUGCAGGUUGGGCUUGCCCCUUCAGUGUCCAUCGGGCACUUUUGUGGUGCCAGACUCAGGUGUGUAUUUGCAGGGCAGGUGUGUUAGAGCAGGACUUGGGAGAAGCCCAUUGUCUGCUGUUAUGGGGGUCUGACCACUGAUUAUGAGCUGUGCUGCUUGAUUCAGUUGGAAUUCCAAAGGUAAUGGGACUAAGUCAUGACAGUUCUGUGGCGCUCUCAUCAUGUGCAAUAAAUGAAAAUAUGUUUGGCUACAAUCCUUGCCUUAAUGUUGUCUGUCUUUGCCCUGUGCAUCAGAUGGUUUCUUAGGCUAGACCAAGUCUCCUUUCUCUCUCUCUCUCUCUCUCUCCCCCUCCCCCCCUAAUUUCUGCACACUGGAGCCACCAGCUUCCUUCCCUUAACACUGGCCCCAAAUCCUCUGCCCCUUCAUUGUCCUUUCAGAGGCUGGGCUGCUGCCUUCCUCCUUUUUCUUCCUCAUUCAGUGUGCAUGAAGUGUAUUUAUUUACUUCUUUUAUUGUCCGCUUUUCUCGCUGAGACUCAAGGUGGAUUACAAUGAUAAAACAAUGCAGUGAGAACAGUGUAAUACAUACAACCAUCAAAAAUGAGAGAACGUUGCACAAAAAAAAGUACAAUACAGAUUGUAAGGCAGGAACUGCAAGACUGAAAAUAAUGCAGUGGAACGUUACAAUAAACAAUAAUAAAGAUGGAUUACAAAAAA